AAUACUACUGUAAAUAGUGUGCAAAAAAAAACACAACAACAAAGUUUCGGUCAAAUUUCGGGACUAAUAAUAAUAAUAAUAAUUAUAAUUAUUAUUGAAUAUUGAAACCGGGAAUCACGUGCGCGCGGUAUUUGACUAAUCGCAGUGAUUGUCACAACACUACUGACUACUAAAACAUUACAAAUCAAUAGUGUGUUUAGUGUUUUUGCCGAUCAUUACUAUUACUACCCGACGGUCGGUUAUUUACUGACCAUUUAUUAGUUGACCGCCGCCGCCGCGCAUGACUCUACUGUUGUUGUUGAUUGUUGGCCAUCACUACUACUACUACCCGUCGGUAAUACAUCAACGMCACMCACACACACACGUGUGACCACCCGAUAGACUGUCAUCGGCAUCGCCCGCGUAUUAUCUAAUUGGUGGCCACCAAUACCACACACCCGUCGCCCCGAACUAAAUCAUCAUCCGAUUGAUCAAUUGAUUGACAACACGUGUCMGUUAACGGCAUUUUUUAUUUUUUAAAAAAAUGCCGCCAAAAGCUGUCCGCGAGUACKCUGUCGGCGAUCUGGUAUUUGCCAAAGUAAAAGGCUAUCCGCCGUGGCCAGCACGGAUCGAGGCCGAACCGCCGCCCGGCUAUAAGGCCGGUCCCGGCAGAUAUCCAGUGUUUUUCUUCGGCACCUACGAGAGUGCUGUGGUGUCCGUCCGCGAUCUGCUACCGUACGAACAAAACAAACACAAACUGGGCACUCGGCGUAAACUGAAAAACUUUAACGAAGGUUUGGAUGAAAUUGAAAACAAUCCGAACUUAAGUGUCGGCGGCGGCGAUGAGGCCGUCGAUAGUCAGGAGGACGUUGAAGGCCAGGACGACGAAGAAGAAGAAGAWGAUGAAAAAGAAGUUAGCGAUGAGGAGGAAGAGGACGACGACGGCGGCGACGAUAACGAUAAGAAAAAAGAGAAAAAGUUAUCGAAAAAUGAUGGAAAAGAUGGUAAAGAAGUAGAAGAAGAAGUCGAUGAUAAUAAUACCACUACAACUGCUGCUGCAACCGAAGCACAAGAUAAUCAAAAUGCUGUUGACGACGAUGACGACAAAGUAGCCGYUGCUGCUGCUGAUGGCCAGCCAUCGACAUCCAUAUCGAAUGGCAAGAACAAGAAUAAGAAGGAGGACAAGAAAUCUSUGUCCAAAGAUAGAAAGACUAAAUUGAAUGCCAAAAAAGUAGCCGAAAAUUCMAAGAGUGGUAACAAAGAGGACGACGASRARGAGGAAAUUCAGAGUAAUACUACCAGAAAGUCGUCGUCGUCGUCCUCGUCACACAAGAAGCACAACAAGAAAGAGUCAAAAGAGUCGUCUACAGCGUCAAAGACGGCUACGAAAACGUCGACAUCGACAACAGCAUCAGCGACUUCGUCAUCGAAAAAGUCGAAAAAAGAACCGAAAUCGUCGGCAUCGUCGACAACGACGAAGACUACGACCACCAGUGCUGGUGGUACUGACAAAUCUAUCAGUAAAAGAAAGUCAAGCGCUGCCGCSGCCGCCGCCGUCAGUGAGAGGYCGGCCAGUACUCGACCCAAACGCAAACGUGUGGUCAUCGAUGACAGUAGCGAUUCGGACGCAGCCGGCAAUAAGGCCGACAUCGAGAGCAUGGAAGAUGAAAAAAGUGGUAACACUGAUGAUAGUGGCGAAGGCGGCGGCGGUAAACUUGUUAUUAGUGACGAUACGAGUACCGAAAAAGAAAAAUCUAAGGACAAGGAGGACACCGCCGCCAACAAAGAUAGGAAACGCAAGAAAGAGUCGUCGUCGACAUCAUCGACGCACAAGACUAAGACAACCGCCGCUGACGUCUCAGUAAAGUCAGAAGCAGUCGAUUCGACGGCCGAUAACUUAUCGGAACCGGCGAACGCUUCCGAAGGUGGUUCCGAUGAUUCGGCCGAAGUGGUCGAAAAGUUAAAGGACGAAAAAGUACAGAAAAAACUGAAAGAAAAAGAAAAGGAAAAAGAAAGACGAAAACAAGAGAAGAUGGAAAAGAAACGUAAAGAAAAGGCUGAGAAGUCGUCAGCGCCGGUAACUCCGACAACUACUGCAACUGUAUCACAAUUGUUGGUCAACAUUGACGAAGACAUACACAGUUCGCUAUCGAAAGAGUCGGCAAAUAUUGACAAAUGUUUGGAAGCCAUGGAAUGUCUGAAACAGGUUCAGGUGACACCUCAGGGUCUACAGUCGUACGGACCGGAACUGAAAGCACUGAUUACUACACUGAAGAAGUGUCGCAAAUACAAAGCUGACGAACGAGUCCGGCAAAAGUCCGAUCACUUGUACCAUAAAUUCAAGGAUUUCUUCUAUAACACUGAUGCAUCCGAAUUGGCCGAUUCGGCGGGACUUAACCCGAAUAAUGUCGGCUCAUCGGAAAGUACCGAAUCGAGUGGCGGCGAUUCAAAAGAAAAGAUAACUACUCAGGACAUGACCGGCGCCGCCGGCGGCGAUAAUGUCGGAGACGAUGGUAAUACUGUUGAGUCAGACGAAUCAAAAGUCAUUGAUACGACUGCGUCGUCGGCAGAUGUGGUCAGAAAUGCCGAAACUGUUGACCAAAAGAAGAUGACGACCACCACUGAAGAUGACACCACCGAUGAUGGUAUCGGUAAGAGUAGUACAACAACAACAACAACACAGGGAGAGACAGCAUCAGCGGCGGUGUCUUCUGUGAACACCAACGAUGAUGAUGACGACAACGACGACAACAUUAUCGCCAAAUCUUCGUCGACGUCGUCACAACCUAUCACUACACCAUCGGAUCAACAAAAAUCAUCGACAGAUACCAUACAGACAACAACAACAACAUCGGACACCAACACAAAUGAUAGUACACAGGCUUCCGGUAAUACCAUUCCCACACCAACAACAACAACAACAACAGCAGCCGAUUCUUCACCGAUUGUCGAACCGGCCGUCAAACUGACCGAUAAUAAAGACAUAACGAAAGAGACAUAAAAAUUAUUAAUUCAUUUGUAUUAUUAUUCUUGUUCU